GCCCCCCGAAGCAGUUCCGGUUCGGCUGGCCGCUGCUGGCGGCGGGUCGCCGACGGGGCCGGAGCGAUGCCCGCGCGUAGCCGAGCUGGCUCCAGCCUGCGCUCCGGCUCCCCUUCCCGGGCUCUGCGUCUGCCGCUCGAGGCGCUGCGCUCCGCCGACGCGCCGAGGACCCCGGACGCCAGCUCCGAGCUGGGUCCGGACAGCUCGACUCCCACCGCGGAGGCAGUGGAGGAAGAAAUGGCAGGCCCCAGUCAACUCUGCAUUCGCCGCUGGACUACCAAGCAUGUAGCGGUGUGGCUGAAGGAUGAAGGUUUCUUUGAAUAUGUGGACAUUUUAUGCAAUAAGCACCGACUUGAUGGAAUCACUUUACUCACACUGACUGAAUAUGAUCUUCGAUCUCCUCCUCUGGAAAUCAAAGUCCUAGGAGACAUUAAAAGGUUAAUGCUCUCAGUCAGAAAACUGCAGAAAAUCCAUGUUGAUGUUUUGGAGGAGAUGGGAUACAACAGUGAUAGCCCUAUGAGUCCCAUGCCUCCGUUCAUCAGUGCUCUUCAGAGCGCAGACUGGCUCUGCAAUGGAGAGCCCACGCACGACUGCGAUGGACCCGUCACUGACUUGAACUCUGAUCAGUGCCAGUACAUGAAUGGCAAAAACAAGCAUUCUGUUCGAAGACUGGACCCAGAGUACUGGAAGACCAUACUGAGUUGUGUGUACGUUUUUAUAGUAUUCGGGUUUACAUCUUUCAUUAUGGUUAUUGUUCACGAGCGAGUUCCUGACAUGCAGACCUAUCCACCACUCCCGGAUAUAUUCUUAGACAGUGUUCCCAGGAUCCCGUGGGCCUUCUCCAUGACUGAAGUGUGUGGCAUGAUUCUUUGCUACAUUUGGAUCCUGGUUCUUCUUCUUCACAAGCACAGGUCAAUCCUUCUGCGAAGGCUCUGUAGUCUGAUGGGCACUGUAUUUUUGCUUCGCUGCUUUACCAUGUUUGUGACCUCGCUCUCCGUGCCAGGACAGCACCUGCAGUGCACUGGAAAGAUAUAUGGAAGUGUGUGGGAGAAACUACACCGGGCAUUUGCCAUUUGGAGCGGCUUUGGUAUGACCCUGACUGGUGUCCACACUUGUGGAGAUUACAUGUUCAGUGGCCACACAGUUGUUCUAACCAUGCUGAAUUUUUUUGUCACGGAAUAUACACCAAGAAGCUGGAAUUUCUUGCAUACUCUGUCCUGGGUUCUCAACCUCUUUGGAAUCUUCUUCAUCUUGGCUGCCCACGAACAUUAUUCCAUUGAUGUGUUUAUUGCCUUUUAUAUCACAACGAGACUCUUUUUGUACUACCAUACUCUGGCCAAUACCAGAGCGUAUCAUCAGAGUAGGAGAGCAAGAAUUUGGUUUCCUAUGUUUUCUUUCUUUGAAUGCAAUGUUAAUGGCACAGUACCUAAUGAAUAUUGUUGGCCUUUUUCUAAACCGGCAAUAAUGAAAAGACUAAUUGGAUGAAGACGUAUCUCUGUAAUGAGUUUGUUGUUAAAUAUACAGUAGUUACGGAAUGAAAAUGAGUAACUUUGCUUUGUCCCAGGUUGUUCCUGGAUAUGUUGCAUUUUUGGCUUAUAUGUUGACAGAUUUCCCGUUCUGAGCAAGUCUGUGACUAUAAAACUCAAGAAAGAGCAACCAAGACUCCUCACCUAGCUGUUUAAACAAAGAGCUCCAGGAGGGAUUUCCUGCCCCUCCUUCUUUGCAGGAAGACCCAGUGUGUGGGUGAUGUGUAUGCUGAGUGUUUGCUUACUGAGCUCAAACACAUCAGCUUGGGCUGGUUGAUGGAUUUUUAUUGAUUUUCAGUAGGACUCAAGUCAAAUAUUUUUUGAAGCUCUUUCCCCCUAGUGGGUGAACCAGUCUCACUUCUUCCUUGAGCUAAUCUGUGUCUGUCUGGAAAGUGAUUGUCUUACUGGUAAACAUGUUUUGCCCUUUGAACCAUUUUUAAGAAAAGCGUAUUGAACACAGCAAUUGGUGUGAAACAAGAAGAGAAUGCAAGGGGCCACGUGUGUGGUGGUGACAUGCUGGUCAGGUGUCAUUGGCCUUCCCACCGAUGCAAAUGUGGGGUCAGCAUUUUCACCAUAGGUGCAGUUCCUGUUUUGUUUUAAAGCUUCAGUGUGAACAAUAGGAAGGACUCAUGAGGGAAACAGCCGCCUUCGUAAUAGUAAAGUGGGGUCAUUUUAGUGCUGUAAGUGUCUGGAGUAAAUUUGUGUUACAGGGCAGAUGACAGCCCAGUAUAUGCUUUUCUUAAUGAUGUGACUUAGUGAGACAAGUAAGAGGGUUUUACCAGAUGUUGAAGUUCUUAUGUCAGUAAAUAAGUAAAUGUGCAUGCAAAGAAGUCUUUCUUCUAGUGAAAAAAUUCUGCAGGUUGUAGGCAUAGUGUUAGCGCUGUGGGGAUUUUUGUUUUAUUUUCCUGAAAUAUCUCAGUUUUGACUGUUGAAAGUAAACAGUCUGAGACAUAUUUGGACACUAAAAGCUUGUUGCUUUUUAUCUUAAAAAUAAUUGUGUACAUACAUUCUUUCUAUAGUUUUAAUUUGGCAGUCAAGAACUAAAACGAAUUAGCUCUGUUUGCAUUAGAAAAUUACCUUCGGUGAUUAAUUUUACCUCUGAUACCAUCUGUCACUUUAGCUUUGACCUUAACCUGGUUGUAGAAUUGGAAAUUGACUUUCAACGUAAACAAGUGGGAUACUAAUUGUGUGGUUUUUACAUUCCAUUUCAAUACACGGACUUUGAGGAGGUGCUGGCAUGCUGAGGUCACAGUUAGACCACAGCAGACAUCUGUUUCUUCUCUGUGUGGAUGAAAUAUUCAUUAUUGCAAUUGGAGUCAUAGUCCCACCCUCUCUGAAGCUACCUGGGUGAAUCAGGCAGGAAAGGGAUAUUAGGCAGGCAGGUUUCAGCCCGCGCUGCACAACCACGCUCCGGGUCUGCUGGAGAGAGCACUCGUUUAUGACUUGAGAAAAGAUGUGAGGCGACUCAAGUUUGAUUAUGUUUUUAAAUCUUAUACUGCAGAAUCUUACAGUGUUUUAAAUUGCUGAUUCUGUUACAAGCCAGGGUCAAAAAUGCCAAUAUCUCAUGUAAAGAGAUUACAUAAUCACGGGGUAAAGGUUUUCCGUGCAUGUUUAAGUGGUUUGACUUGUGGUCAGAGGCCAUUACUGCCACCCUCUCACCCCCAUCCCCUGACAUAGCAUGUCAAACCCAACUUAGCUAGGGGAGCUAGGGUUGGCUUUCGGAGACUAUUCCAGAAACACGUGUCAACAUGAAUUUUAAAAUGUUAACUAUAUUCAUGGUAAAUGUCUUAACAUCAGGCUUCUCUCCUCAUAUGGAUUAUUGUAGAACAAAAUACAAAAGUAAAUGCAGAUAGCUUUGCUGCGCUAUUGCAGCCCGCAGUGUCCUUGUGAGUGGCCUCACGGUCACUCCCAAUGUUUGAGGAAAGGUAGGCUAGAUAGUAAGCUGUUAACUAUUAUAAGAGCAUUUACAUGAGGUAAUCAUCUUCGGGUCUCAGUUAGUUUUCAGUUUUUGUCUUUGCACGUUUUCUCUUGUUGAAAUCUUAACUGUAGAGAAAAUAGAGUUUAUGUUUACAUUCUGGGCAGGAUGUGGCUGGAUGGAGAGGCUCCAUGCCUUUGAAUCUUGUAGUUGAUUCUGCAGUUGUACGAGCAUUUCAUCGUUAACAACUUAGUACAGAAGGAAGGAAAGGUUUUGAGUUUGGGGAUUCCAACUAGGUGUACUGUAAGAAGACCUUGAUGGAUUGCCUAUGUUCUAGAAACAGUGUUGUUGCCCUCCCUGUGGUGCUAAACCUAGGGCUGUGUGUGCCCGGCAAGGGCUCAGCUAGCUAUUGAUCUACAUCCUCAGCUCUGUUUUACGGGGCAAGGCAGGGCAUCUUAUUGAAAGGGAGCUGGUAGGAAAGGAAUGAGGCAGAAACCUUUUUUGUCUGGGUUGUACUUCCCAAUAGGCUGUCCUCCAGUCCUGUCUGACCAGACUUGCUAUGACAAAAAUACUUUUAAUCAUGCUGGUUCUAAAUGUUAAUGAUCUUCCAAAUCGAAAGCAAUAGGCUACGUCUUAGAAUCAGUCAAUUUAACAAACUAGAAAAACCACUGCCAAGAGCUUACCAUCGGCACUGUGAGUGACGGCCCUCCUGCCUGCCCGUUAGGGCCGAGAGCUGGCAGAGAUGAGAGGAGCAGAUCCUCUUACAGCAGAGAGGAAGCAGCCUGUUUUAGGAACGUGUGCAAAACUUGUCUUCCCCACCCCCCUUUUUUUUUUAAUUUUUUAAGUUAUUUUUUGUUUUUGAGGCAGGGCUUCUCUGUAUUGCCUGGGCUGUCCUGGAAUUCAGUCUGUAGAUUAGGGUAGCCUCAAACUCAGGGAUCCACCUGUCUUUACCUCCCGUGCUCGGAUUAAGUUCAAAUUCAUGACAAAAACCUGCAUUGAUCAUAUUUAGCAAAAAGCAGUUUUAUCACUUAAAGAUUCUAGAGCUAAAAUCCUUAAGAAUGUUUAUGGUGUUCUUGACUUAAAUUCCCUGAUUUAAUACACUUAAUUAUUUGAUAGUCUUUUGUAGAAAGAGAUCCCAUAGUCAAAGCAGUGAAAGCACCUGUCAGCCCGCUAAGGUUCUCAGCCCUUGGAGACAAGAGCACUCCUUAGAAUAGUUUAUUUGCGGGGCUGGAGAGAUGGCUCAGAGGUUAAGAGCAUUGCCUGCUCUUCCAAAGGUCCUGAGUUCAAUUCCCAGCAACCACAUGGUGGCUCACAACCAUCGGUAACGGGGUCUGGUGCCCUCUCCUGGCCUGCAGGCAUACACACAGACAGAAUAUUGUAUACAUAAUAAAUAAUAAAUAAAUAUUAAAAAAAACAAAAACAAACCCUGAUUUCAUGAGAAGAUGCAACCUGUUCAAGUCCUACACUCUGCAAAGCAGCACUCCAGGGCUGUCCCACUAGAUCCAGGGCCCUCGGUGCUCCAGGGUUGUCCCAUUAGAUUCAGGCAUCCCUAAGACCCCUGAGCAUUGCUUUAAAAAAAAAAAAAAAAGAAUAGUUUAUUUGCUUUUCUUCAUCCAGUGUGAAAGCCGCCAAAGCAUGUCAGUUUAAUGACAACUUUACACGGUUUAGACAGCUGCUGUUUAUUCGGAGCCGAGCUUGGCCUCGGUCAUCCCCACCCUGUACCUCUGCGGCUGGGGAUUGGUGAAUCCCAUUAGUGCUCAGAGAGCUUCAGCCAACCGACCGGUGGGAAGAUUCUGUUUGUCUCUCCUCACAGAGCUGUAAACGGCUGGAAGUGUUGUAGAAGGGCUUGUUGGGUCACCUGUCAGUUCACAUAACUAAUGUUGUUAUCCAGUCCAGUCAGUACAAAUGCCUGUGAACUCUAAGCUAUUCCCCAGCUACACUAGGUUGUUCUGAGGAUACGUUGUUCUACUGUGUUAAUCAAAGGCCUCUAGUGUGUGUCUCCUGUCUCGGCAGAAGGAAGCUUUGUGCUUCGACAGGAGAAGGAAUAUUAUGAAGUUGCUUGUUUUCUUCAUUGUUAUUUCACAUCUCUUUUAAUCUGAGCUACUGGAUUAUCUGAAAAACUAAAAAGCCUGUUGUUAUUAACAUCUUUAAAAUGUUUAAUUUUAAUAAUUUUUCAUUGAAGAAUUCGUGAAUUGUUAGGAUAAUGAAAGUUUCUGAUAUGGAACAAAGGAGGUGAACCUAACUCAGUAAAGAAGCAGUUUGUGUGGACUAAGCUGGGCGUGUCUCCCUUUCCACAGAAAAACUAGUGUUACUUGAAGAUAUGAAAGUUCCUGUGGUAGCCAUACCUUGAAGCACAGUGUUGUAUAUAAGUAAAUAUCUGAUUCUAAAUUAAAUCCAGAUUUAACUAAUAUAUUAUUUUAUAUCUUUGUUGUAUUAAAAUGUUUUAAAACACUAAAAAUAAAACGUUUGAAAGUUGA